AACACAAUGGCACCAUUGACCCACUGAUCGCCAUCUCCCAGGCAGUCAAUUGCACAACAACACAUUACAACAAAUGCUGGGGGUCUGUCAUGCUGGAUACGCACGAUGACAGUACCAUGGAGUUUGCGCUGGUCUUUCUGUUUCCUACCUCUCCUCCUGACUCUGAGUGCACACACCGCACACGCGGCUCCCGACUUCUCUCGAUAUCUUCACACAAUCCUGAAGAACCACACGGCUCAUGCAUGUGAAGGGAGCACGCUCGUCAUCGAGUGUCCCUCCAGGACGUCUGUGGCCGUCCUGUCUGCUUUCUAUGGACGACGAGUGCCUUAUCAGCAUUUAUGUCCCUCUGCAAACACAAACACGAGUGUGGACGAGGACACAGCGUGCACUUCACCGGUUGCUAUAGAUAAAGUGUUGUCAGAGUGUCAGGAUCGACGUUCCUGUCACAUCCCUGUCUUCAGUGCAGUGUUUGGACAAGACCCCUGUCCACUCACCAGCAAGUAUCUCCUCGUCUCCUACAAGUGCAGACCAGAGCACCAUCGCACAAGGCUUGUGUGUGAAAACGAGCGUCUGAGGCUGGUGUGUAAAAAUGAGACCGUCCUCGCCAUUUACUCGGCGUCUUUUGGACACCUGCUGCAUGGAAGUCCUUACUGUCCUCAGGAACCUGGAUCACACAACGACAUGGAGUGUCUGUCAGCACUGGCUCUGAGGAAGGUGUCCCGCAGGUGUCAUGGGAGAGCAAACUGUUCUCUCCUGGCCGAUACUCAAAACUUUGGUGACCCAUGUUUCCCCGGCACCAGGAAGCACCUGCGGGUGUCCUUCACUUGUGUUCCCCAGUAUCUUCUGGAAGACGUGGGUCGAGGGUCGACUGAUCCUUUCUUGAUUUCAGACUACACACACGGUGGAUGGUACACUGGCCCCACCUACAGGCCUCAAAACGUGCUCUUUACCAACUGUCUGGAGAUCAUUGAAAAAAUCUGGGAUCUACCAGAGAAAGUGGCACUGUACUUUGUCUCUGGAAUCUGUGCUGGCCUGGUUUUCCUGCUCUGCCUGUUUGGUAUCCACUCCACACUAGUCAGAGAUGUGAAGGAUCUGGUCUCCGACCUGAAGGAUGAGCUGAAAGCGUCUCGCAGACAGCGCAACGAGCUCAUGGAGGACCUCUACGACGACGAGGUCUCAGACACGUCGUCCUUCUGUCGCCUCACAAAAUCCCACCGCACGACGGACAUCUUCAGCCCCUCCACGUUGGCGGUAGAGAUGGUUGAUCGCGGGGUGGAACGGAUGAGGGAUCUGCCCAACGGAGACAUUUGGCCUCGUGGAGACUCCAGCCCUUACGCCAUUCACAAGAUUCAAACUUACGACAACUGACAGAAGUCGUGAAGCUUUUCAGACAGACGUUGAAAUUAUUUUUAAAUUAACCUGAAUCUAAUGGAGACAUUUCAUGAAUGUGCUCUGUCGUUCAUAAAACAUCAUAAAAGGUUGUGAGACAAAUACAUGAUGUUCUAACAUACAUGGUUAAUCAUUAUUAGAAUUAACACUAAUCGAGUUGUUCUUUAAGUUUAUUUAAAAUGCUAUUUUAUUUGAUAACAUGGGUCAAAUGUCAAAGAUGAACUCCUCAUUAUUGGGUACACCUUGUGCAAACCAAUGUAAUUGUUCUGUCUCAUUAAUGACUGACGUGUUUCAUAGGUGUUAAAUUCAACUUUUUGUUUUAGCAUUGAGCUCAUGCUGUACUGUCAAUAUAAUUGACAGUUCAGAAAACAUCUCACCAUAACGUGAUCCAGUACAAGGCCAUCUGUAACUAUAUGACCUCAGUUAUAAACUGAAUAUUCACAAUUGUGACAGUGUCACCAAAAACUGAACAUAUUGUGUUUUUUAAAGAGAAAUAGCAUGGCAGUGAUGUUGUAUUGCAUUAAAUUGUACAGGUAUACCUAAUAAAUUGGUCACAGUUUAUUGCAAUGUAACUUAUAAAGUUGUAUAAGUGCGAUGAUGAAACUUUUAUUGCUUGUAAACUUUAAUAAUUAAAUGUGUGGGAUACUA